AAUUAAAAAAAAAAAAAAGAAAUUACGAAGACUACACCCGCCCUUCAAGGGAUUUUCGCCCUACGAGAAGAAGCUGUCAGAGAUGAGUAACAACUCCCGGUGCAAGUUGGUGUGGAAGCACAGAGAGGGUGACAAAUGAAAGGAGUGAAGGAUUGGGGCGCAUUACUAGAGAAGGGCAAGAAGUGAUCAUUUAAUGUGUAAUAUCUGUAGAUGUGAAAGAAGAUGAGACUCUUAAUGGGCAGCAAAAAGAAGUCGGUGUGGCUGAAGCACAAAUUUGUGGGGAGUGGUUACUGGAUAUGAAGUUGGGGUUUGAUUGUAAAGAACCUUUGUGCCCAGAAAAUGCGCACUAAUUGAUGGCUUUUGAGCUAAGGAGUGCCAUAUACCAAUUUGUGUUAAUAUAGUGAGACUGGGGUCGGCCUCCAUUAGAGAAAUUGUCUUGCUUAUUCCUCACCCUAUUCUACUCCCUUUCCCGUGCCUUUCCCCUGGGUUCUCAUUUUACUAUAAAGGUACGCUCUAUUUCUUGUGGAUUCUUGUCUUAUUGUGGUCGCUUUCUUAGCAUCUGCUUACUGAGAAAAGUAGUAGGGAUUUGUAUAUAAAACGGGAGGUUAAUUAUCCAGUGAAACGCCUGCCUCCAAAAGAUGAUGGUCUUAUGGGUGCAUCUAAGGAAAUUUGGAAGUACUUUAAAGAAUAAUUUAUAUGAAAGACUGUUGUAGUGUAAUUCUAUUUAACAAUUUAAUUCACCUGUAAUAUUAAUUUCAUUUAAAUAUUUCUGGAAGAGUUUGUGAAUUGUGGAGGAGCAGCAAGCCUGGAGAUUAGAAAAGGAAAAUCCAAGGAACGAUUUUGUCUGCAGCACAGAAUGUCUUUACCUAGCCAAUACACAAAUUUAGUCUCCUUUAAACAUCCCUGUGGCGGAGGUACACUCAAUUUAAGUGUAUGAUUAUCAUAAGAACCACCCAAUAACUACAAUCUGUGCCCACCAGUGAAUCCCAGCCAGCUUCUAGUGUGGUGUAGUGAACUGUGUGUGGUUCCUUCUACUCGGGGACCAUGCAGAGAGCUUCACGUCUAAAGAGAGAGCUGAACUUGUUAGCCACAGAGCCACCCCCAGGCAUCACUUGCUGGCAAGAUAAGGACAAAAUGGAUGAUCUGCGAGCUCAAAUAUUAGGUGCGGCUGACACACCUUAUGAAAAAGGUGUUUUCAAGCUGGAAGUUAGCAUUCCUGAGAGGUACCCCUUUGAACCUCCUCAGAUCCGAUUUCUGACUCCAAUCUAUCAUCCAAACAUCGAUUCUGCUGGAAGGAUUUGUUUAGAUGUUCUCAAAUUGCCACCAAAAGGCGCCUGGAGACCAUCCCUCAACAUUGCAACUGUACUGACUUCUAUUCAGCUGCUCAUGUCCGAACCCAACCCCGAUGACCCCCUCAUGGCUGACAUAUCCUCCGAAUUUAAAUAUAAUAAGCCAGUCUUCCUCAAGAAUGCCAGGCAGUGGACAGAGAAGCAUGCAAAACAGAAACAAAAGGCUGAUGAGGAAGAGAUGCCUGAAGAUCUGCCAGAGGCUGGUGACUCAGAAGCAUGCAACACAACACAGAAAAGGAAAGCCAGGCAGCUGGGAGGCAUAGAAAAGAAAUUUCACUCUGAUGCUUAGGGGUUUGUCCUGGUUGUAGUUAAUAUAUUUUUUGUUAGGAUGUUCUAAUUUGCCUACCUCUCUUGGAUGUUUUUCUUUGUAUUUGAUGACAUUAUCAUCUUUCGUGUCCUAUAAGACAGACCUUGUGUAUUUACGUAUUCUGCUCUACACUGAUUCUCUGAGGCUAGUUUGUUUUAUUUAGCUUGUACAUAUGUAGUUUGAAACCUUUUAAACCUGAAAAAUAAAUAACCACUUAAUGUUGAGUAUGUGUUUAUUCUGAAUGUGUGUCUGGGAGCAAACUGUCCAGAAAGCUAUAUAAUAAGAAUGUUAAAAUAUUUGGAA